GUCGUUAGAGGGGGAAAGACCUGUCAGUGCUGAGCUUUUUGAGCGGUCACGGUAGCUGGCGAAGCUGUAGAUUGGCAAUAGUUUUUGCAUUUGCAAUAUGAAGAAUGGAAGAAGACGAUGUUAGUAUCAGAGAACAGAAUUUUCACAGCCAAGUUAGAGAAUACAUCAUUUGUUUCCUAAUAUUUGCAGUGCUCUACAUAGUGUCCUACUGCAUCAUAACCAGGUACAAAAGGAAAACAGAUGACCAGGAGGACGAAGAUGCUGUCGUCAACAGAAUAUCACUCUACCUGUGCACGUUCACCCUGGCCGUGUCGGGGGGGGCGGUCUUCCUCCUGCCUUUCUCUAUCAUUAGUAACGAGAUCCUGCUGUCCUUCCCCAAAAACUACUACAUUCAGUGGCUCAAUGGGUCGCUCAUUCAUGGCCUGUGGAACCUGGUGUCUCUGUCCUCCAAUCUCUGCCUCUUCGUCCUGAUGCCCUUCGCUUAUUUCUUCCUGGAGUCGGAAGGGUUUGCUGGCUCCAAAAAGGGUAUCAGGGCGAGGGUUCUGGAGACCUUUGUGAUGCUCUUCCUGCUGGGCCUUCUCAUCCUGGGGAUCGUCUGGGUGGCGUCCGCCCUCAUCGACAACGACGCGGCCAGCAUGGAGUCGCUCUACGAUCUCUGGGAGUUCUACCUGCCGUAUCUCUACUCCUGUAUUUCCUUGAUGGGAGGCCUUCUUUUGCUCAUGUGCACACCUGUGGGUCUCUCCAGGAUGUUCACGGUCAUGGGCCAGUUACUGGUCAAACCCACGAUACUGGAGGACCUGGAUGAGCAGAUUUACUGCAUCCAUUUCCAGGAGCAGGCCCUUCUGAGGAGAUUAAAUGGCAGCCCAUCAUCCUCCACCCUCCAAGGAGGCUCGCUCCACCACCUCAACAAAGAACUGGACAGUGUACGAAGCCAGAGGAACAAACUGGAGAGAAGAAAGAAAGCCUCUGCAUGGGAGAAGAACCUGCUGUACCCCAUAGUCAUGUUAAUCCUGCUCACGGGGACGACUCUCUCAGUUCUGCUGGUGGCGUUGAACAUCCUGUACCUGCUGGUGGACGAGACAGCCAUGCCCAAAGGAUCCAAGGACCAAGGGAUUGGGAAUACGUCGCUGUCGACCUUUGGCGUGGUCCAAGCUGUGGUGGAGAUCAUCCUCAUGUUCUACCUGAUGGUCUCCUCCGUGGUGGGCUUCUACAGCCUCAGGGUCUUCCAGAGCCUCACCCCCAGGAAGGACGACACCACCAUGACCACGAUCAUCGGUUGCUGUGUAUCCAUCCUGGUGCUGAGCUCAGCCCUCCCUGUCAUGUCCAGAACCCUGGGUAUCACCAGGUUUGACCUCCUUGGAGAUUUCGGGAGAUUUAAUUGGCUGGGAAACUUCUACAUCGUCCUAUCAUACAACCUGCUGUUUGCUGUCGUGACGACGCUCUGCCUGAUCCGGAAAUUCACCUCAGCGGUCCGUGAAGAGCUCCUCAAAGCGCUAGGUCUGGAUAAAUUGCAGCUGUCAAACAGCCCCACAGACCCGGAAUCAGGGAAGCUCGCAGUCAACGGCCAUCAGAAAACUCUGUGAGAGAAGAAGACACACACACAACCACACACACGCACAUGCACACACACACACACCUCAGCACAGCCUAAGGGAGAUUCUGACAGUACGCCUGCAUUACAGAGGGAGGAAAAAAAGCAACAGGGACUUAGAAGUCUCUGGUAGAGAAUUGGUAGACACGACAGACAGUCUGACGGACGCGUCAAAAUGGGGGCCGAGAGCGAUCUUAAGCUUCAUGACAUUCCAUCCAACUUUCUCCUGGGAGGAAGUGAGAGGGCGGAACAGGAAGUAAGGACUGAAGUCUCAAGACUGAAACACACUGGCAUUACAACAGUGACCUUGACAAUGACCUCAACAGUGACUGUGACCCUCAUAGGCCACUGAGCUGGUGGUGGUGAUGGUGGGGGGGGGGGGGGGGGGGUUCCAGUACCUUCUCUAUUCUGACAACCCCCACCAUUGCACUAGACCAGAGAGGAGUCCUGAGCCUUCUGUCUUGUAAACCUAAAAACAAUGGGCUAAUGGGCUAAUCAAGAGAUGCCUUUUGAUUCAUCCAAUGGUUUACACAGUUCAUAGUACGCCAUGUUUCAUAGUCUAGUUUUCUCCAAUAUGUUCCUUCUCCAUCAUCUCACAGUUACUGAGCCCCUCAGUAAUGUAGAGUAAAAAAACAAAAACACAAAAAAAA